AUGAUGCCUAACGGGGCGACCGCUUCAUCUCAGCACGACUCUCAUUCUCAUCAUUCUCGACCCGUCUCGGUCAACACAAGUUCCAGCUUUGAUUUCGCUAAUCGACCUCCAUCAAACUACCCUGUGACAGCUCUUCCUUCAAGAUCGGUGGGUAAUCUCUCUCGAACCGAUCAAAUUGUCCUUCGUCAUUUCUGGGACGUCAAGAACGAGGAAAACAAGACCAGAGACCUUCAUUUUUUGAAAUUUCCAUUGUUCCCAAAUCAACCAGGGCAUCAGGACCUGCUUCCUUAUUGUGAAAUCUACCACCUGGUCAAGACGUCCCCUGGCGCAAAGAUCAUCAGUCUGGGAAGUGCCACUGGUGUUUAUAUUGGAUUCGAGCUCUUCUCUGGCUCACAACUUCACAUUGACAUGGACGAUGCUUGGCACAAUAUCUCUCAUCACCGGGUGCACUUCAAGCCCUACGAAACUAUGCUCAAGGAUCCAGAAUCAGAAUCAGCCUUCAAAUCCUGGCAAAAGCCGUUGACCAUCGAAUUCCUCGAGGAGCAAUUCCAGCGUUGGCAACUCGACUUAACCAGCAUUUGCUGGGAGAGUGCUGAAGUCAGUGAGUUGGGGGGUGGCCGUGGAGCAACUGAAGGUAGCAUUGAUGGCGAGUUGAAGGACGACAUGUUGUGA